AUGACCGGUGUGAAUAAAAGACGAACUGAAAACUGAAAUUGUGAAAAUUUCAGAGUCUGCUAUUCUUCUUUUAGACAGAGAAGCUGAAAGACACUCACACGCCGAUACAGAGCAGAGAAUGCAAGAAACCGAUAAGGAGGUGCUCGUAACGCCAGGAGAGGUUUUGGGAAAAGCAACGCAAGUGAAAGCAGGGAGGGGUACAUAUGUGGCACCCCAUAAAGGCACAGCCGCCGUAUAUGCUUCUCUCACUGGUUUUCGCCGCACCAUAUCUCCUCCCCUAGAUUCUUCUGACCAGAGGCCAACUGUGGAAGUGACUGGUCACAAGGCCCAUGGUGUUGUUCCAGAGCCUGGUUGUGUUGUCAUUGCUCGAGUUACAAAAGUCACGGCUAGGAUGGCUUCAGCUGAUAUAAUGUGUGUUGGUUCAAAGUCCGUACGAGAAAAAUUUACUGGCAUUAUUAGGCAACAAGAUGUUAGAGCAACUGAGAUCGACAGAGUGGAUAUACAUUUGUCCUUUCGACCUGGAGACAUUUUAAUUCUACUACAAUCCUUGACGUACUUUAGUUGUCUCUCGGAGAUGCCCGGGCUUAUUAUCUAUCAACUGCAAAGAACGAGCUGGGUGUUGUGUCUGCUGAGAGCACAUCAGGUACAACAAUGGUUCCGAUAAGUUGGACGGAGAUGCAGUGCCCGUCGACAGGUCAGAUAGAGCAAAGAAAGGUUGCUAAAGUUGGAAGUUCGCUAACCCAGAUGGACAUUGAUCUGAGCUAAAAGUAAUGUGUGUGUGACCUUUAUGAUUAUUAUUUUUUUAAAUAGAGAAAGAAUAGUGAGGAUUUUUUGUGUUAGAGAAAACAGGAGUGUUUUUUUUCAAGAUUUUGUUGUGAUGGCUGAGCCAAAAUUAGUUCACAAGUCACAUUUCUAUUUUCUUGUUAUCGACUUCUUUUGGCAGUAGAAGCUCCUUUCGAUUGAAAUAUUAGCAUGGCUUUAAUA